AUGAUCACGCCAAGGGGGGAUGUGCUGUUCUAUUUCAAAGAUGGGUUGCGUGAUUGGGAAAAAGAUGAGUUGAAUAAAAAGAAUGUUCAGACCUUGGAUGAUGCAAUUUCGAUAGCCGAGUCGCUUCUGGACUACCGACCUCCACAGAAGAACCCACCUGCUGCCAAAAGUGGUGGGGACAGAAAAGCCUCAAAGAAGUUUGAAGAUCGGAGGAUGGACAUACCAAGAUUUGAGAAUCAGUUCAGGAAAGACACUAUGAAGGCCCCAAACAAACCCAGCUUCAUCUUUGAUGGACCUCAUUGGACUCGAGAAUGCCCUAGUAGAAAAGCUAUGAACACAUUGGUGGCUGACAUGGUGGGCAAACCUGAUGAAGAGGUAGACGCUCAAGAAGAAUUGGGGUCGGUAAGGCACCUCGGGGAUUUGACAAAACUCCUUUCAAAAUAUGAGAAUGAGGACAAUUGA